AUGGUUGAAUUAUGCACUUCUUGCCUCUGCUCUGACAGAAAUUUGUACAUUCUCGAAGAGACUGAGUUUUACCACAUUUAUACUCAAAUUUUGAAUGAAGCCUCCGUCUACGAUGUGUCCCAAUUUUGCGUCAGAAUCUGCUGGGAAUGCCAUGCCCUGCUGCGCCGCUUCCAAAGGUUCAAGCUCCAUGCUCAACACUGUUACCAUGUGCUGCUGCAGCAUGUACAGCAGAACACAACUCCAGUCCCCAACCCCCCACACUUGGUCACUUGCCACCUGGACCCUUUCAGUUGCCCACAGUAUAUCAAGCACGAGCUUGAUGAACAUCUGGAUGAACAGCUGGGCCAAAACCUGGAACAACCUUUAGGGCAACACCUGCACCUCGACCUAGCUACAGAUGUAGACUCGGUGAAGGUAGAGGAACAUUGUGAACCAGAGACCUUUGUCAAGGAGAUUAGUGUUCUACGGAGAAAGAAACGGGAAAUUAAGAAUAAGGCUCCAAAAGGAAAGAUAAAGAAACCCAAAACUAAGAGCACAGUGAAACUCAAAAAGAAAUCGAAAAAAUCACUCUCCGACGAUUCAGACAAUAACUAUUCCGAUAAUAACUUAGCUUUAGAAUACGACAUUAACGAAAAGGUAAAAACUCCCGAUACUGCAGAUGAAAUUAAGUUUGAAAUUGAUGUGACUGAUGUAGAAUUUAUAAAACCCUCCAAAAAUCUGAAUAACCGAAGUGCAAAUUUGAAAAAUCAGUCUAAAACUUUGAGAAGCCUUUCUAAAGCUGUAAAAAACCGAUCUGAAGUUAAAGUACAGACUGAAAGUUCCAAAGAAACAGAAAAAUCAGAUAUUGGUGACAAGAAAAAUUUUAAAUGUGCAAAGUGUGAUAGUAGAUUUAGUGUUAAGAGUGAUUUAGAAACCCAUGUUAUGGCACAACAUGCUAAGGUGCCUCCGCCGCCCGCAAAGAACAAGGAGGUGCUGGAUGAGAAACCGCAGUGUGGGGAGUGCGGCAAGAUCUUCAGCUCAAAGAAGACCUAUCGAUACCAUCUCAAUGUGCUGCACAAGGGCCAGAACCGGUACCCGUGUCCUCGGUGCGGGAAGGUGUACCAGUGGAAGUCCAACCUGGGACGUCACAUGAGGAGCCACAAGGCCCUGGACAGCGGCGAGCUGUACUGCGAGCAGUGCGACAAGCGGUUCGCGUCUGUGGCCACGUACAGGCAGCACCUGCGAAUCUCCAGGAGGCACGUCUCGGAGAGCGAAUUCAGUUUCAUGUGCAACGAGUGCGGCAAGAAGUUCGUGAACAAGACCCGCCUCCGCGACCACAUCGACUGGGAGCACCUCAACAACAUCAAAUUCAGGUGUCAGCUGUGUAACAAGCCGUUCAAAUGCCACACGUCUCUGUACGUGCACCUGCAGAACGUGCACCGCAACAAGGAGAAGAAGGACAACCUCUGCCACGUUUGCGGGAAGUCUUACCAGAACGCGGCCAAGCUGAAGUACCACAUCGUGGCGAUGCACACGCAGGACACGCCCUACCGCUGCGCGCAUUGCUCUGCGGCUUUCGGCUGGUACUCGAGUCUGUAUCGACACGUUCGAGAAGUACACUACAAGAUGAAGGUGCAACCGAAGAAGACUAAAAAAGCUAAAAAGCUAGACUUGCCUAGUAAUGCGAUAAUGCCGCAACACAUGCCGAUGCCGCAGCCCCAUCAGCCAUGAGCACAGUCCACAGUCAGCAGCACACUCAGCUUAACACUUUGGACCCUUCUUCUAAGGUUGAAUUUAAACGGUGCGUGUAAAGUUGUGUAUGCUGUUGAUUGUACUAUGAAAACGUAUUUCUGCUCGAUGAUAGGUGACGGCAUCCAUUGACCUAUGGACGUCAGGUCCGCGAUUAAGUGUCCCAACCAAAAGGGCAUCAAAUCGCAAAAAGAGCACUAAACUCCGUCCAACCAUUCAUUUAACUUUUGACAGAUGCAUCCGAAGUUCCGUAAUUAUUGACAUACAACCGUAGACAAAAUAAUGCAAUACUUCCUGGAC